ACUGUACUCCCGGCUGUUUGUGUGUCACUUAUUUAGACUGAGCAGAAAUGCUGAAAGGCAACCGCUGAUAUGGCUACGUUGAAUUGCUGUGCUUUCUGAAUGCUACUUGGACGUUAUCCGAGGGGAAAUCUCUGUGCUGGAGUGUUCUUUCCCACAAACCCGGAGUGAAUUGUGAGCUGCGUAGUUUUUGUCCAGCGCCCCCCCCAAUCACUCCAUGUUUUCAAGCAGUCAGGAGGAGCAUUGCGCCCCCACUAAAGAGCCGCUCAAAUACGGGGAAAUCGUCGUUUUGGGAUACAAUGGCUCUCUCCCAAACGGUGACAGAGGAAGAAGAAAGAGCCGGUUUGCCCUUUAUAGAAGAGUCCGGGCCAACGGGUUGAAGCCCAGCACAGUGCACGUUCUCAACACGGUGCAAGAUGGCAAGCAGACGGUGAGCGUAAAAGGGCUGCACAGCAUUUCUUACACGUUGUCACGGAACCAGACGGUGGUUGUUGAAUAUUCUCCAGACAAGGAAACAGACAUGUUCCAGAUUGGCCGCUCAACAGAAAGCCCGAUUGACUUUGUUGUGACAGAUACGGUGUCCGGGGGUCAUGCCGGUGAGGAGAGUCCCAUCACACAGAGCACCAUCUCUCGGUUUGCUUGCCGAAUUGUCUGUGAGCGUAACUUUCCUUACAGAGCUCGGAUCUACGCAGCAGGCUUUGACUCGUCAAAGAACAUCUUCCUUGGGGAGAAGGCGGCUAAGUGGAAAAAUCCUGAUGGACACAUGGAUGGCCUGACCACCAAUGGAGUGCUGGUGAUGCAUCCAAGGGGUGGGUUUACAGAAGAAUCAAGACCUGGAGUGUGGCGUGAAAUCUCAGUCUGUGGGGAUGUGUACACACUGAGGGAGACUCGAUCAGCACAGACGAGGGGGAAACUGGUGGACAGUGAAAGCAAUGUGCUGCUGGAUGGCUCACUGAUUGACCUUUGUGGAGCCACACUACUGUGGCGCACGGCGGACGGCCUGCUGCAUACGCCGACCCAGAAGCACAUUGAAGCUCUGCGGCAGGAGAUCAAUGCGGCGCGACCUCAGUGUCCUGUCGGCCUCAAUACUUUGGUUUUUCCAAGCAUGCAGCGCAGUCGUGACCUCGCCGCCCUGGAGGAAAAGCAACCUUGGGUGUACCUGACCUGCGGGCAUGUGCAUGGUUUCCACAACUGGGGGCACCGUUCAGAGAGGGAGUCCAAUGCUCAACGCGAGUGUCCCAUGUGUCGGACUGUGGGUCCUUACGUACCCCUUUGGUUGGGCUGUGAGCCCGCCUUUUACGUUGACACGGGCGCCCCGACGUAUGCCUUUGUGCCCUGUGGCCACGUGUGUUCUGAGAAGACAGCAAAAUAUUGGUCAGAGAUCCAGCUUCCCCAUGGCACCCACGCAUUCCAUGCAUCCUGCCCUUUCUGCGCCUCACAACUGAGUCCCGCUCAGGGUUAUGCCAGGCUUAUUUUUCAGGGGCCCAUCGACUGAGCUGGGCUGCUCCAGCAGCGGACACUUGCUAGACGUGGAAAGAAACAGCAGAAGUUCCAUAGGUGCCAUUUUCUGAGAUGAUGUUUGUUGCACUGAAAGUGAAAUGGAGAAGCAGUGCCAGCCUUUGAGGACCUGGAUAUCUGACACCAGAAGACAUUGCCUCUCUUUUUCUUUUUUAAACACUGCCCAUCGCUUAUAUUUUAUUUAACAAGACUGAGGUUGAAAUGUUUGGAUCUAAUAAAGAAGCUCCCAGGAUUCACGGCAGCAGGCUGCCACGCUGGUAAUCACUGUGGGUACAGGUAUGAGGUGGGGCGAGCAGCUCUUUAGUUCCUGGGCAGCCCUUUUUUCACAUAAGGUGAGCCAACGCUUUCCCGGAUGAGCUGUGUGUUUAUUAUCAGUCCUCGCCGCCAUGCCAUCUCUGUCGCAGCCUCACCCGCUCCUACGUCGUGUAGACUCAGACCUGUCCGAUCUACCUCUACAUAACGAUUUUGUGGAAGGAAAUCAAAUAUUUUAGCAGACAUUUUACAGAUUGCUCUUUAAAUUUGGUAAAGGUCAAAAAAAAAGCAACCAAGAAAAAUUUCUUAGUUUUUAUUUUGCUACUCUGGGACUCUUGUACAGUUUUUACAAUUGAAAUGUUAAUAUAUUUUCACUUUUGAGUCGCAUACCUUUGUGGUAUUUGUCUGCAGUCGGCAACAUUCAGUGCAAGGGGUGGGAGUCUUGGGGGGGUCUGGCCACUGGGUAGGGUGCCUCCCUUGGGGGUUUAACCAGCAACUGAACUGGCCGAGCACAGCGGCCUCACGCCAGGAGAGAUGUCACCAGUGUCUUCGUCAAAGGCUUUAUAACUGUGCUUAAUGCCAUUGGACCCCGGAUUCAUUCAUGAAUCCAUUCUGUGUAGUUUGGCAAACUUGUAGGUCAUUACUUUGAGAUUCGGUGCCAGGGCGAUGUAUUUUUGGGUCACUUUGCACUCUUGUUGUCUAGACAGCAGGCACCACAGAAGGGAUUUGUGAAUGGCAACAAAUUGACUGCCUCGCUGCAGGGACCCCCGUAUCAGGACUGCAUGUUUAAGUCGGGCACUGAGAUCCCCUUUGAGGAGACAGGGAUUCGCUUCUUUUGGUUACAUCAUUUAUAAUCCUUAAUGUCAGCCAUGCUCUCUGGUCAGCCCAGUCUGAACUCAAGACUGCAUUCCACUUCUCUUUGGCGGGUUUAUUUCUCAUUCUGUCGCAAUGCAAAUCUAAACUGUUUACUACAAGACAUCUGGUUUUGUUAUUCACGCACUGUGACUGGGAGUCCAGUAGUGAACGGCACAUUUCAAUGGUGUGUAAACCAGUUCAGCGCCGCACUUGACCAGCAGCUUUGGCUACAAGGCAGAAACCAACCCUGGACUGGCACUGGUCCGUCACUUGGCCCACUUUCAGACACCAGCCUGGCUGUUCUGGAGAGGCCAUGUAAAUGUGCCAGCUUACGAUUGGUGUACCUGGAGCCAAACACCAACAUGGGGAGAGCAUGCAGAGUCCACACAGCCAGCGACCAACUGUAGGGUUUAAGGCCGACACACAGUACACUAACCAUUGAGCCAUUAUAGCGAAAAUAACAAUGGAAGAAAGCGGCAAAGCUAACCUGUUGUGCAGAUGUUCUUAACUCAGGCUUGGGGCACAGAAAAACUCGGACUGGACCCCUUUGAAGUAACUCUGGCAGAACCGUCUGUCCAGGUCUGGGGUGAUAAACGCCAUCUCACAAAAUCAUGGCAGCCAAUCCACCCCGUGUUUGUAGACUGAAACGCUGCACCAUAGCCAACCACCUUCACCUUUCGAAAAGUCUGUGCAAGGCGACCUGACAUCUUGAUUGAAAGUCUUCAGUCCCGCCGUGUUUCUGAAAUCUUUCAGAGGAAUCCUGGUUCCUUGUCAGUGUCACAAACGUGACCAAGAGCCAUAGCAAGGUUUGGGGCAGCCACCCGUAUUUAAUUUGAAUAACUUGAUGUACUGAGGUGUACAGAUCAGAGUUGUGAACAGAACUGAGGGGAUAGAGGAAAGGUGGCGGCUUUGAAAGGCCAAUAUAGGAAGAGAUGUCACAAGGGAUCGGAACUGGAAGGGUCUCAAUCCAUAGGCUCAGACCCGGAAGUGACGUCAAUGGGGUCGGAACCAGAGUUGACGUCCUCAGGCCCAGGCGGAAUUUCCCGUGAACGGUCUGCAGAAAAGCGAGAUAAAGAGUCGGUGCACCCUGCCCCAUCCCAGACUGGCUCAGAAUUGCCCUCCUUCUAGCCCUUUAGCUGCCUCCUAAUGUCCAUACUGUGCUUGCUGACUGCGGCCAUUAGCAGUGCUGCAGUGUUGAUGAUGUUCUUCAUAGGACACUCCAGCAAAGAAGCGCACUGCAUGGAUGAGUGUGUGCCCUACGACAGACUGAUGCCCCUUCUAGGGUGGCUUACUGCCUCGUGUGACGUCUAAAUUGAAUUAAGCAAGUUCAGGAAGUGGAUGAGUUGACGCCUUUGCCCAGUCUCAAGCUCACAAGAUACUACAAAAGGCUUCCUCGUCUUAGGGUGUAAGUAAAUAGUACAUUUAACAGCUUGUCGGGACAUUUCUGCGUCACUCCACCUCUUUUAGUAAAGGUAUGAAGUCGCAUGUGGCUUAGAAAACCAACCCUGCAAGUUCUUCAGAGUCCACCAUUUGGCCUAAAGGCUGAGGACUCAGAUGUUUGUUUGCGCUCCUCCCCGUUGUGAUGCUACUUGUUUAUAUAAGAUUGGAUGCCAUCUUUGCAGACGAAACUCUGAGGCGGAAGGUCACAGAGCAGGCACUCCCCGGGUUAUUCAUCUCCCGUCUUUCAACUUUCACUUUGUCGCAUGUAUGAAGGAUGGGCUCCAUCUGCAGCCCUGCCUGUUGUUUUUUUGGGAGUGUGCUGGCUUCUCUCCCACUGUCCUGCCCAGCAGCUGCUUUCAUGUGGCGACUCUCUUUCAUUGUGAACUGCAGCUGCAACAACAUCCCACAAGGCAGAGGAGGGGCCACCUGCUGUGGAGCAGCCCCUAAAUGUGGGUGGGGGCAGUGGUGUCCUUAAUAGAAAGAGACAGAAUCCACCAUCUUGAGAGCCUCUAGGUGGUCUUACUAGAUAUUUAACUGUAACCCGAGCUUUGCACUGAAAGAAGCUGGUUUUGUUUCCACCUGAGAUGUGUAAGGAGCAAAUACAAAUGCACUCUCUUCAGUUCUAGUUGUGUUGCUCUCCCUAAAUCGAUUAUUUACUUGCUUUGAAUCGCAGAAAGAUGAGAUACGCCGCCUCGUCAGUGACUGACCCAUCAUCACGAUGAACGUGAGCUCCUAACUCCACCUGCUUGACCAGAUGAGCGAGGCCCCAGCUCAUGCGUUGCUCCCUCUGCACAGCUGGCUACCUGGGUCCGGUGUGAGGGUACAGAGGGUUAAGGCCUCAUGCUGGGGGGUCCGCCUGUCCCAUUUUAAGGGGUGUGAUGUUCUGAUGGGAGUGCGCUUGCUCUGAAUUGUAGUAAGUUGAGUAUGGAGGCUUGGGCCUACCUGUCCUCCACUUGGCAGUUAAUACCAGCUCUUCUUCAGGCCCCCCCAAGUGCUGUCCAAUGCUUUUAUUUUUAUUUCUUUCCCUUAUGUAAGUUAUUUUGAAAAUCUGUACAGUGUAACUCUUGUAAAGAUGGUUUUUAAUGGAAUUUUCUAUGAUUGUGAAGAACCUGGCGAGCCCAAACAAAGUCUAAUUUACUAAAUAAAGACUUGAGCAAAACCAAA